GUAACCCCCUCAUUCCUAUGUUUCUCUGACUUUCUUUCUGUUUAGAAGGCCCCCUUUUCUAGGUGUACUGAAAGUUGCCUCCCAGGAUAUACCAAGCUCUUGAGGGAGGGAGAACCACUUUGCUGUUAUGACUGUUCUCCAUGCAUGGAAGGAACCAUCUCUGUGCAGGAAGAUGUAGCCCAUUGUGAAAAGUGUCCAGAUGACCACCAUUCCAACAACAAACGAGAUCUGUGUGUUCCCAAAGUUAUGACAUUUCUGUCCUACAGAGAAAACUUAGGUCUUGUUCUGGCUAUCUCUGCCCUUUUUUUGUCUCUAAUCACUGCCUCAGUUCUAGGAAUUUUUAUUAAAUAUCGAGAAACUCCCAUAGUCAAAGCCAACAACCGGGAUCUCACCUACAUUCUGCUGAUCUUUCUCCUGCUUUCCUUCUUGACUUCCCUUCUCUUCAUUGGUCAACCCAAGAAAGCGACCUGCCUUCUUCGACAAACUGCCUUCAGUGUUGUUUUCUCAGUUGCCGUGUCAUCCUUGCUGGCCAAGACUAUCAUGGUGGUGGUGGCAUUUCUGGCCACAAAGCCAGGCAGCAGGAUGAGGAAAUGGCUGGGGAAAUCUCUGGCCAAUUUCAUCAUCUUCUCCUGCUCUGGUGUUCAGGUGGGCAUCUGUUUCAUAUGGCUGGGAAUCUUUCCCCCAUUCCCAGAUUCUGACUUCUAUUCCCAAAAAGGACAGAUCCUUCUGCAAUGCAAUGAAGGUUCAGUUACAAUGUUUUACAGUGCCCUUGGCUAUAUGGGCUUUCUGGCUGCCAUAUGCUUCUUGGUGGCGUUCCUGGCCCGGAAGUUGCCAGGCUCUUUCAACGAAGCCAAGCUGAUCACCUUCAGCAUGUUGGUUUUUUGCAGUGUUUGGGUCUCCUUUGUCCCCACCUACCUGAGCACCAAAGGGAAAUACAUGGUGGCUGUGCAGAUCUUCUCCAUCCUGACUUCCAGCCUGGGCUUACUGGGCUGCAUCUUUGUCCCCAAAUGUUACGUCAUCAUUCUGAGACCUGAUUUGAACAUGAAGGAGCAUCUAAUGAUGAAAAACAACUAGAGCUCUUGAUUUUGGCAAUUAUUGUUUUUAUCCAAAUGGUAGCUAAAAUAAAAUAAGACAUUGCAAAUUGCAAUAAGAUUGCAAAAUUGCAAAUUUUUUGGUAUUUGUUCUAAGAAUUUUUUCUUUCUUCCAUGUGAUUAAUCUUGCUAUCAAUAAAUAGCAUAGGAAAGUUAUUGAUGUUUCUUCCAGCAGUUUAAAACCAUGUUAUUUGUCUUCCAAUCUACAUUUCUUCAAUAUCCAUUCAGCAUACAAGUUGAAUAAAUAAGAAGGAUGUCAGCCCUGGAAGCCAUCUUUUUCUUUAGAGCUUCUGAGCUGUCACAUUUAGUGCCUGGGAAAACGGGAUGGGGGAUUUCAAGGAGUCGGUGGAGAAUUAGCCAUAACAACAUUCCUUUCUCUGGGAACCAAGGACAAUCAGCCUGCACCUGGAUGGGCAUGCUUGGGGGUUUGCCUCCAGUUGGGACAGUGAAUUGAUUGGAUCAUGUGAUGGACAUGUGGGUGAAGGGGAUGGAACUUUGACUUUCUUUUGGGUGAGGAAAACUGGAAGCUUUCAGAUUUGGGUUUUCCCAGAUGUGUCAAUAUGACUUCUCUAAUAAAAUGGAACUUU